CUUGUGCGGAAGGCGGUGGAUCAAGUGUACUGUAGCGAUUAGUAUGUCUUAAAACUGUAUAGGCCUACAAUAAAUAAUUUACAUGUAACUAGCGUAUAACAUAAAUGAGCAAUUGAAAUUGCAAACAACUACAUACUUUGUGGAAUCACGACGUGGUCAUUGAAGAUGACUCUGCAGUGGACAGUAGUAGCAACCUUCCUGUACAUUGAAAUAGGUGUUCUUCUGAUUCUGUGUUUGCCAUUCAUAUCUGCACAGAGAUGGCAGAAGAUUUUCAAAUUUAGAAUAUGGGGUCGAGUUGCCCCCUAUUGUAACAAAGGCUUCCUCACAAUGAUUGUUGUUCUGAUUGUACUCUUUCUUGAUGCUGUUCGAGAAGUGAGAAAGUACUCUGGUACAGAUGCCAACAAAGAUGCCAAGCUUCAUCCAAAUAUGUUUGAUCACCUACACAUGAAGCUAUUCAGGUCUCAGAGGAACCUUUACAUUUCAGGAUUCUCCCUUUUCCUAUGGCUCACCCUAAGACGUGUAGUGACCCUCAUUACACAACUUGCCACUGCACAGGGAACAAGUGACGCCUUACAGACUCGGGCAGAAAAUACAAAUGCGGCUGCUAAGAGAUACAUGGAAGACAAUGAACGAUUAAAAUUGGCUUUAAAGACAGGAAAAGGAAAUGAAGGUGAAAACAUUGUGGAUGAUGAAAACAACAAGCUAAAGGAGGACAUUGAAAAGCUGAAAGAUGAACUGAAGAAAACUUCUGAAGCUCUGAGAAAGUCAAAGAAUGAAGUGGAGGCAGUGAAAAAGCAAUCUGAUGGCUUGGCUAGAGAAUACGAUCGACUCCUGCAGGAACAUGAAAAGAUUCAGAAUCUUGCUGAAGCAAAGAAUGACAAGAAGGACCACUAGAGUCUGAAGAUUUUGCUUUAUAUGGAUGUUUGUUACAUGUUUGUUUGGUUUAUAUUUAACACAAAAUGGGACAAAACACAAUCCAAAUAACUAAAGGGUGAUUUCUACUUUUGCUUUUUGUAUACAUUGCUGUGGUCUGCACAGUGCUAGAGUGUGUGCAUAAACUUUUUAAAGGUUUAAAUGAAGAGCACAAGUGUAAAAUGAUAUUGAAAAAAGAGAUGAGUUUGUGAGGAAACUGAGGAAAUUUUAUUUUUUGGACAAUACGCGAAGGUUUGUUUUACAGUACAUUUGUACUCUUCAGAUAUUAGGAACCACGUUAGAUUUAUUUUUGUUUGCAGUGAUUUUUUUUUUGAUUUUUUUUUUUUAACCUUAAUUUUUUUAAAGUAUGUUGGUACACGCCACUUAAUUGUAAAGAACACAGCUUUGCUUUUUGUUAUGUUUUGCUACACUUAAGAUAAAGCUAAUUAUUUUUAAAUACACUGUGAAUUAGUUGGAAUGUAGUUUAAAAAGUAAACAUUUCUGAAAGGUCUUGUUUAGUGGCCUCCAAAGAAAUUGCCAAACAGCUUGUGUUCAACCCAGCUGUCUUUUCUAUUUACUAAUAAGAUUGAUAAUAAAAUAAGAUUGAUACACCAACUAUAAUAAUAUUAAAUGUUUGUAAUGCAUAGUCUUAUAUUGUUUGAGGUGCGCUUAUCUUCUAGUCCUGUAAAUAAAAGAGCAAAUUAUUAAAAAAUGUAAACAGUUUGAAAGUAUAUGUAACAAUAUUCAUUUUCAUAAUAUAAAAAAUAUUAACUAUUUUUCAAAUAAAAACAAGUGCUGUGUUGUUUGUAAAAGAUGUGAGUUGUGUGACUAAUGAAUAUUAAAAUGUGUCCAGUCAUGCCUCUUCUUUGAGUGGAGAAAGGUACUUCUGUCUGAGUUU